AUGGCCGCCGCAGCCGCAUCUAAAGGCAAAAGGAUACAGCAAGCGCCUCAAGCGGCUAUUGACGAGUUCUGGGAUAAGUUUACCACCAAAGCUCCGGGCAAGGCCACUACUAUCAUUCCCAGGAACCCCCACGUUGAAAAGGCAGUCAAGAGAACGACACAUACCUCAUUCGAUGAAGCAGUGGCCCUCUGCCGGAUCAAAGUGCGCAAGAUCGUGGAUGAAUGCCGCGCUGUUAACCAGAAGUAUCGCGACCCGCAUUUUGAUCUCGAGUUCGAUUUGAAAUUCGGAAGUCGAAAUUGUCUCGACUCCCUUUGGAACAUUAAAGACAGAGAGCCGCCGGAUCCUUUGCUGCGACCGAGGUCCAUUAAACGCGUGGUCGACAUAUUUGAUGAGCCUCAAUUUUACAUCGACGACGCUACUGCCAACGAUGUGCGCCAAGGUCGUGGGGGCGAUUGUUGGCUUAUGGCAGCCCUGUGCGGCCUCAGCAAUAAGCCUGGCCUGAUCGAAAGGGUGUGUGUUUCGCAUGACCAGGAGGUUGGCGUCUAUGGCUUCGUCUUCCAUCGUGACGCUGAGUGGUUCAGUGUCAUCAUUGACGACAAGCUUUACCUCACAAAACCUGACUAUGACGAAAGCUAUCUUGAGCGAAAUCUUUGGGAUGACCGAGAACGCAUCAACUCAGAAGAUGCCUACCGCAAAAUCUACCAGUCAAACAGCGGCGCCUUGUAUUUCGCCCAAUGUGAGAAUCCAAACGAAACGUGGCUUCCGCUAUUGGAAAAGGCUUACGCGAAAGCUCAUGGUGAUUACUCUGCCAUCGAGGGCGGUUUUACUGGCGAGGCCGUCGAAGACUUGACCGGAGGGGUUACGACUGAGCUCUACACCACAGAUAUUCUGAGCAAAGAGGUUUUCUGGAAGCAGAAGUUGCUGCGCGUGAAUCAAGAUUGCCUCAUCAGCUGCUCGACUGGGUUCGCUUCAAGAGGCCGGGGUGAGCGUAAUGGAAUCGUCGAGAUGCAUGCGUACAGUGUGAUGAAGGCAGUUGAGCUCAACGGGGAACGCCUUGUUCACCUGAAGAAUCCAUGGGGCAAAGGAGAGUGGAAAGGUGCAUGGUCUGAUGGCUCGAAGGAAUGGACUCCAGAAUGGCUACGGCAACUCAACCACACUUUCGGCGAUGAUGGAGCCUUUUGGAUCUCUUAUACCGACCUCUUAAAGAAGUAUUCAAUGUUCGACGUUACUCGCCUCUUUGGCCCCGACUGGACUUCGAUAACGAAAUGGACCACUCUAGAGGUUCCCUGGGUUUCGGACUACCACAAAACUUCUUUCGCUCUGACUAUUACUAGGGCUGGGCCGGUGGUCAUCGUGCUAUCACAGCUGGAUGAUCGCUACUUUCGAGGCCUGGAAGGUCAAUAUCGAUUUGACCUCGGCUUCCGCUUGCAUAGAGCUGGCGAUGGAGAGGCAUACGUCGUUCGCAGCGAGCCUGCAUACCGAAUGAGAAGAUCGGUCAACGUCGAGAUUGAUCUUGAAGCUGGCAACUACGAAGUCCACGUCCGUGUUGAAGCCACUCGCAACGACGACCUACUUCCCACCCAUCAAGUGAUUCGCAAUUUCAACAGCUCUGAAGGCGGUCACGAAGAGAGCAACUUCAUUUCAGCUUUGUUAGAAAUGCGGGGCAAAGAGAUCGAGAACGCAGCGACGAACAAAAAUAUGGGCAACCCGACCAACAACAACACAGGCUCCCUGUGCCAUUGUCCUUCCACCUCACCAUUGCCCACUCCAGAAGAGCCGGACGAGUUUGAGAUGAACCCCUGGAACGCUGUAGUUGUGGUCGGUUUGAGGGUAUAUCACAUGGUCGGGCCCGAGUCGCAAGUCCAACAAGAAACAGGUGAUGUGGUCACGUUGCAGGUCCUGUCUCUUCAGACCAGGGUCGAAAGCGAAACCUUGGAUACUGCCAUGCAGGUUGCGGAGAUGACAAAGGGCCUUGAUAUUGACGACACGGAAAAAGAUGCGACUCUGAAUGGGGGUAUCAAGCAGAGGAAGAAAAGCAUCGUGGUCCACACCAGUGACGGCUGA